AUGCCCAUUGGUACUUCCCCAUAUCGCUUGGUUUACAGUAAAGCUUGCCAUUUGCCUUUUGAGCUUAAGCAUCAAGCUUAUUGGGUUAUCAAAAAGUUGAAUCUUGAGAUGAAAGCUACGGAAGAAAAGGGAUUGUUGCAGCUUGUUGAAUAUGAUGAAUUUCAUCUCCACGCUUAUGAGAAUGCAAAGUUGUACAAGGAGAAAACUAAGAGAUGGCAUGAUAGACAAAUUCAAGAUAGAUGGUCUAGACCUUUUGAGGUAGCACAAAUGAUACCUCAUAGAGCGGUUGAAUUGUGGAACAAAGAGAUGACUAAGAAGUUUCCAAUGAAUGGACAAUGUGUGAAGCAUUACUGGGUUGAUCAUGCAGAUAAGCACAAUAUGUCCAUCAUUUUUGCUGAGGAGUCAGACUAA